AUGUCUAACUUUAAGGAGGAGACUGAAGACGAACAUCUUGAAGGGGAACUCUGGCUUGCAGCUGGAGUUGGUGAUAUGCAGAAUGUGACACGGCUGAUCCAACAGGGAGUGGAUGUCAACUAUAAAGGCUAUUUGGAUACCACGCCACUUCACAGUGCAGCUUCAGGAGGACAUGUUGGUGUUGCUAAAGUCCUCCUGAAGGCUGGAGCACAGGUGGAAAGUACGGAUGGGUCUGGAAAAACGCCACUUCACAAUGCAGCUACAUGGGGACAUGUUGGUGUUGCUGAAUUCCUCCUGAAGUAUGGAGCACGGGUGGAUAGUACGGAUCGGCACGGCGAGACUCCUGAGGACAUAGCCGCAAGUAAAGACGUUCCAUACGGGCAUGAUAAAGAUCGUAUCCUGGAAGGAAGGAAGAGAAUUCUUGAGCUUUUUGCAGCAGUAAAGAUGGCCGGGUGCAUCGUGCGCAAAGUGGGUCCAGAAGGAGGGAAACUACAGACCGCAUCUUGUACCGUCACUGUACCGCGUGGAGCCGUUACCAUGGAAACACAAAUCACCUGUCAGGUCAUCAACCCCAAUGACGUCACCAUCCCCCUGAAGGACGGAGAGAUGUUAGUAAGUGACAUCAUAGAGCUGGGUCCGAAAGGGACAACCUUCAACCAACAUGUCACUGUACAAAUGCAGUACAGCAGCGCAUCGUCAGGUGGCGACAGUGAGGCUAUCAUCGAGAACAAGCUUUCUGUGUUAGUGGACCACUUCUCCAUCUUUGCGGUCAUCAGUCAGCCCAAACAGGACCAGUUUAACGUCCCUACAGGGGGGUGGACUCAGGCAUCAUCAACGCAGCCUGCGGUACAAGUCAAGUUCCCUAAAGGAUCUGUAAACACAGAGACACAAGUCACAAUACAGGUCCAAGAAGUUCCAGAAAGAGCUGUUACCAAAAUCAAGGCAAAGGACGAAUCUUUCCACGGCCUUCUCAGCACCAGUCCGAUAGUCACUGUAACUGUGUCUGACUCUGCAGUCCAGUUCCACAAACCGGUCACAGUGCGAGUCCCACAUCCUCAACACUACAUGGACAUCCAACAUGACGGAAACACCAAGCUGAGAGUGAUGUCAUGUGAGGAGGGAACAGAAGACUGGGUGGAUAUGACAAACAGCACAACUAACAUUCGUGUCACACUGGAGUAUGUGGAGUUUGAAGUCAGCCAUUUUUCCAGAUGGAUUGUAAUCGUUGUCACAGACAGAUGGGAGGGCUCAGAAGAAAUAGGUCCAAUCCUAUUGAAAAGGCUUUCCCGGUGGCUCCAGCACCGCGACGUCCAGUUCAUUCUGCUGCAGCGAGAAGACGACGCGAACGAAUGUGUGGUAGAAUGCUCUCAAGUUGCAGAAGAUCAAGAUAACCAGGCAAGGCCGUUGCGAGAGCCCGGUUAUAAGGUUGCGAUACCUUCUGACAAAGUAAGGCUAUUCGAAGGUCAACAAGUAGAAAUACGCUUACAAGGUAACGUGGCGCUCACACAAUAUGGUACGGAGAGCAGCGGCAAACCACGCAUCACCUUCUACAGUCGGAAUCCCAACCGUCGGCAUUUGCAGGUCACGGCUUUGAAGGGUUCAGAUGGUCGUGGAUAUGUUGCACUCUAUGCUCUACCACGUGUGGAGGUAGAAAAAUGCCAGAACGUUGGACGCAAAAUAGGAAGACUGAGAAAGGUAGCUAAAAAGGACGGAGAACAGGGAAAGACACAGGAAAUGCUUCUCUACAAGUUGACAAUUCAUGUGCCAGAAAAGACGUGGGAAAGUACUUUUACUUCAUCAAAGAAGAAGUAA